AUGCAACUUGGAAUGACUACUUCAAAUGACUAUGCUGUUAUAUCAGGAGGAUUACGGAUACGUAACCCAAAAACCAUCGAUAUUACUCUAUUCUGUGAAUUAUGUAAAUUAUUAUUAUUGGACCCAAUACAACUUUCAUGUUGUGGAAGCCGGCUGUGCCGAUGGUGUUCGAUUAAAGGAGUACCAGAAAACGAACCAUUUACAUGCUUAUUUUGUUAUAAUACUACAGAAACAAAAAAACAGGCACAUGCUGAUCGAGGAGCAGCAUGUGAACUCAAUAUGGUUAAAAUCGAAUGUUUCUCAUGUUCUUGGAAUGGAUUGUAUAGUGAUUAUAAAAUUCAUUUAGAAAAAGAACAUGCAGAUUUCGAGUGUAUUGAAUGCCAUCAACGUUUUUACUCUGUAAAUCUGUACCAAGAACAUCGAGAAGAAAUGUGUGAAUAUCUAUGUAUGCCAUGCGGAUUGCCUGGUUGUACGGAACUGAUAAAAUGGUCCGAUAUGGGAGCACAUUGCCUUUCUAUGACACAUCAGACAAUUCUAUUCAAACUUACUACUGAUAUCUGUAUUAGAAAAAAACAUCCAUCCAAUACUAUAGAUCCAUGCAAUGUUGACAGCAAUAUCCAGCAAGAAUUAAUGGCUGUUAAUGAAAACAAUGAUAGCAUAUCAUCGGCUGUAGAUAAUUCAUUGGAGGAUUGCAAACGGUUAAACUCUGAAUGUGAGCAUAUCCAAACGAAAAAUAACGAUAUACUUCAGCAGGAAAGCGAAAUAGGAAAAGAGUUACAGAGUGGCAAUGAAAAAUUUAAGAAAUGUAUGGACGACCAUACUGAAAUGGAAAAACAAUUAGAUGAUGCUAAAAAUUCACGAUGGCCUACUAAACCUUUAGUGUUGGAUAUGAAUGAUACCAUCACAUUUCCUAUUGCUAAAGAACCCAAUGAAAUAAAUGCACAAUUUUCAACACAGACNUGUUCAACUUAUCUAUCUGGCGCGUAA